AUGAAGCUGCUUUACAAUAAUGGAUGCAUCACAACGGAUCAGAUCAAGAUCAAACGGGUAAUCUUUCAAGGAGAUUCAUUCUCACCUCUGCUACUUUGCCUAGCCCUUGUGUCUUUAACAUCAGUUUAUCUGCAUUAUAUUGAUGAUCUAAAAUUAUACAGCAAGAAGGAGCAGGAACAAGUUGGAGAACUGAAAAUAGUGAAACAAUUCAGUGAUGAUAUCGGUAUGGUAUUUGGCCUAUAUGCAACAGCAAAUUAUAUGCAAACUCCUUGGUAUAUGCGCCAAAGCCUGUAUGAAGAAAGGUAAACUGACCUCAGCUGGAAACAUAGUAAUAGAUGAAGCCACAGAAUUGCAAGAGUUGGACCAGGAAAGGAUAUACAAAUGCCUGGGUGUAGAUGAGAGUGAUGGUAUCCAGCAAAGCAAAUUGAAAGAGAAGAUAAGAAACGAAUACAAUAGGAGAGUCAAAUUGAUCCUAAAAACUGAGCUCAAUGGAAGAAUCCAAGUAGAAGCUAUCAAUAGUCUUGCAGUCCUAGUUGUGUCAAAUAGACUGGAAAAUCUCCGAACUGAAGGAGAUUGA